GCCGCGGGCGGACCCGGCCGGGCGGAGACGGUGUCGCCCGCCCCGCACGCCUCGCCCGGCCGCCCCGGCCCCUCUCCCGGGAGCCGACACCAACUUCUGCUGGUGAACUCCGUUCUGCCCCGUCUGCGGCCCGGGGCGACCUGAGCAGCCCUGACAGCGACAGCCCCGCCGCAGUGCCCAGAGAGGCCCCCGGGUGGCCCAGCGCCUCCCCGGCGCCUUCUGGAUGGAGGCGCCUCAGGAAGAAGCUGGCUGACGCUCUGCCUGCACCUUCCAGCCCCUGCUGACCACACCUCCCCUAGUGCAGAGGCCGCGGUGAGGAGCAGGAAAUGCUGAACCAGUGCUCUGGAAUCCUGCCUUCCCAGGGAGCUGAGGUGGCAUCUGGAACCUGUGGCCUGCAUGUGGGCUUGGAAGACCGGAUGAACCCCAACAGCCGUCUGGGAGCACAGCUGGCUCCUCAGGAUCUGGGUCUGAACGCUAGGAUGGAGCUGGGGGCAGUGGCCAAAACCUUCGUGCUGGAGCUUCGGUGUCUUGAAGAUGGGGGCCCAGGGCCUGACACCCUCUCAGGUGGCAGCGGUGGGAGUGAGAGUCAGGAGGAAGAAGAAGCUCAAGAGAAGAAUAGCAGCCCACCACCGCCAACAAGCUCAGCUCCAAUGGGGGCCAGGGAACUCACCGACAAAGCACAGCCCAGACAACAGGAGUUGCAACUACAACAGUCAGAACAGCAACCAGAGCAGCAGCCACAAAGCCAGCCAUCAGAACAGCAGUUGGAGUUGCAGCAGCAGCAGCAAGAUGGGGAAGACCAGCUGCCUCAACAAAAGAAAGACCUGCAGGGAACACCCCAACCUGUGCCACCUGGACAGCAGAAACCCCAACUGCAGCUGAUACAACAGCAGGAACAAGCACAGGAGCAGCACGUGAAGGAACAGUUACAGCUGCAGCAGCAGCAGGAGGAGAAACAGUUACAGCUGCAGCAGCAGCAAGAGGAAAAACAGUUACAGCAACAGCAGCACAUGCAACAGGACCAGUUACAGCAGCAGCAGCAGGAAGAAUUACAGCAGCAACAGUUACAGCAGCAGCACUUGCAGCAUCAGCAGGAACUGUUACAGCAGCACCAGCAGCAACAGUUACAGAUGCAGCAGAUGCAGCAACAACAAGAACUGUUAGAGCAACAGCAGCAUCAACAGUUACAGAUGGAGCAGCUGCAGCAGCAGGAACGGCUACAGCAGCAGCUGCAGCAGCAACAGUUACAACAGCAGCUGUUGCAGCAGCAGCAGUUACAGCAGCAUCAGCAGCUGUUGCAUCAACAGCAGCUGCAGCAGCCAGAACAGUUGCAACAACAGCAGCUGCAGCAGCCAGAACAGCUGCAACCACAGCAGCAGCAGCAGCCCUGUCCACUGGAGCCAGAGGAGGAGGAAGAAGUGGAGCUGGAGCUCAUGCCAGUGGACCUGGGGUCGGAGCAGGAACUGGAGCAGCAGCGGCAGGAGUUGGAGCGGCAGCAGGAGCUAGAGAGACAGCAGGAACAGCGGCAGCUGCAGCUCAAACUGCAGGAGCAGCUGCAGCAGCUGGAGCAGCAGCUGGAGCAGCAGCAGCAGCUGGAGCAGCAGCAGCUGGAGGAGCAGCAGGAGGUGCAGUUGGAGCUGACCCCAGUGGAGCUGGGAGCUCAGCAGCAGGAGGUGCAGCUGGAGCUGACCCCCGUGCAGCCGGAGCUGCAGCUGGAGCUGGUGCCCACCACGGGGGGCGGCGGGACUCCGGCCCCGGGGGCUCCAGCCGCGGUCGUGGUGGCCCCCCCGGGCUACGUGGUGCUGCAGGAGCUCAUGGUGCUGCCUGCCGUGGCCGCGCCCGCGGUGGUGGCCAUUCCCGGCCCCGCGGGCAGCGCGGCUCUGACUCCGGCCAGGCAGCGGCGGCGGCGGCGGGCGCGGGAUCGGCCGACCAUCUGCGGGGAGUGUGGCAAGGGCUUCAGCCGCAGCACGGACCUGGUGCGCCACCAGGCCACGCACACGGGCGAGCGGCCGCACCGCUGCGGCGAGUGCGGCAAGGGCUUCUCGCAGCACUCCAACCUGGUGACGCACCAGCGCAUCCACACCGGUGAGAAGCCCUACGCCUGCUCCUACUGCGCCAAGCGCUUCAGCGAGAGCUCGGCGCUCGUGCAGCACCAGCGCACGCACACGGGCGAGCGGCCCUACGCCUGCGGCGACUGCGGCAAGCGCUUCAGCGUCUCGUCCAACCUUCUGCGCCACCGGCGCACACACUCGGGUGAGCGGCCCUACGUUUGCGAGGACUGCGGCGAGCGCUUCCGCCACAAGGUGCAGAUCCGCCGCCACGAGCGCCAGCUGCACGGCGCCGGCCGCUCGCGGGGCCUGGGCCUGCUCCGUGGCACACGCGCAGCCACCGGCGGCCCAGCACGCUCAGAGCAGGCAGCGGGGUCUGCGGACAAGGCACCGUGACAGGGACGGGCGGGGACGGGCGGGGACGGGGUGGGGGGGCACGCUGGGGUCCGGGAGAGCGCAGGCUCCUGAUCCAUGGUGUGUGCGCGCCUCCUGGAAGCUGGCUGUGGCCGGGCUUCCGGCUCUCCCCCUGGUUAGCAGAGGGGAGGCCAAGUUCACUCAUGGACCCUCGGGAAGGCUGCACCUCCAUAAGAGGGAAGCCGCUGCGGCCAGGCAGCACAGAUGUUGCACAUCUGUACGAACAGCUCGCCGCACAAAUUUCUUAUUGGGUACCAAUCCGUGAGGAGUCUGCAAAGCCCUUCCCCUGGAAAACUGGACUUCGUAGAAGUGAGAGCCACAGGAGAAAACUGCCGGUGAUGCGUGUGACAGUUGGUGACAUUAGACAUGCAUUGAACACUAACCAGGGAAUCGAAUACAUGUGGUGAAACGCACAGGAAUAGGAUUUGAUCCUGGUGAAAAUUUCUUCAAAGAAAAAAAAUGGGGGAAGAAAGGAAAUUUAUCUGCACUUUGUAGAAAACUGAUCAAGGCAUUGAAUUGUCCUCAGUGGCAUUUGCCUUGAAAGUACUUUCUAGAAUGAAAAUUCAUCAGGGUGGAUAUAAUCCUGAUUAAAAUGUGUUCCUAAGCACAGGGUCAGAGUGUCCACUGGGUCAGUGCACAAAUGCCAGGAAGCCCCUCCCUGGGUGGGAGUUACACCUUCCCUCCAGGGGAACUAAGGGCUCCAAUAAGCAUGGAAGUCAGGCUCUAGCCGGCUUUGCUGCCAAGUUCCCGAGCCCACAGGGGCCUUUCAGUGUCCUCUUGACCAGGAGCCUGCCGCUGAAACAAAGGGCAUUCUGAGAAUGCUCCCUGAGGUCCAGCAGAGUGAUCCCCUUGGGGACAGAGUUCUGAGGAAGCUCCGCCCUGACCUCCCUGAGAUCCACCAGCUCUAAGCAUCUCUUUUGCUUGCCCUGGGGACUAAGGCUGUGGGGUUGGAGCCUUGAGACCCAGGGGCAGGGUUCUCCUGGGCCAGGCUAUGCAAGGUGCUGGCCCGAGCAGAUCCUGCCUCAUCACUGGGAGAGGGGGGUCAGAGGGAUAAAUUGGGGGACAGAAGUUGGAGGCAACAGAAAUGCUUUUUACAACGUUUACAGAAUUGUCUGAGGGGUCUGUGAGAGCUUCAGCAAUGUUAAUCCCUGUGGGAAGGCAGGAUGGUGGAGGAGGCUGCCCGCCCCUGCUGCCCCCAAGGGUUUCCUGCUCUCGGCUUCCCAUGUGUGGCUGCUUAGAUCCUGCACCCCUCAUUGUCCCCCUGCUUCUCCUUUACUAACACAGCCUGCUACAUCUUACAAAUGUGUUGGUAAGUGAGAAACAAAAAUUGAAAAAUAAAUUUAAAUGGAAGAAAUACA